AUGUUUCCAACUAUUGAAUUUUUAACUGAUCAACCUAAUGAUUAUCUGGAUGAAAUUUGUGAAAUUAGCAAUACUCCCAAUGACAUCAACUUUAAAAUUAAGCAACUUUGCGAACAAAUCCAAGAUAAUCUUGAAUGGAUUUCUAGUGAACAAAUACAGGAAACUAAAAACCCAGAUUUUAGAAAUAUUGAGUCAAUAAGUAGUGAUAGCCAAUAUAUUAAAAAAAAAUUUAAAAUACGUGAAACUCAACAACUUUUACAACAUUGUUUAAUUUUAAUUGAGCAAAAUCAUGAUAUAAAGCUACAAACUAACUUAUUAGUACAUAAUUUACUUCAUUUCUUUCAGAAUCAAGUUACUUUAGUAUCAAGUUUAAAAGAUAAUACAAAUUAUGAUUCAUAUUCAGAAACAGAUACAGGGGAUUCAUCUACAUUAUCAAAAUAUAUAACUAUAGCUGAUAAUGAUCAUCUAUAUAAUCAGAUUUUACAAGAACAACUUAUAGCUACAAAACAAAUAGAGAUGAAUACUCAAAGACUCUUAGAUAUACACAAUUUCAUAUAUGGAGAAGUAAUACAAACUGAAGAAUUUAUUAAUGAUAUUGAUUCAAAUAUUCAAUUAACAAAUAAGUUUACAGGUACACAAUAUUUACUCAAUGAAUUAGAAAGGAGUUCGAAUUAUCACUAUACAAAGUACAUCCUGAAGGUCUUUAUUUGUUUCUUGAUAUUUAUACUGUUUAUUUUAGUUCCUAUCAUACUAACUAUUAUUAGGAAUUAA